CGCAACAUAAGCCAUCCGACCGUGCUACUCCCACGAGACAGCCGGUUCAACGUCAACAAAAUGUCCAGCUCCGCGCUCUCAGCCUCGGCAAAAGGGGCAACCUUUCUCAUUUUACAACAAGUCGCCUCUCGCGCUCUCACAUUCGCCGUCAAUCAAGUUCUCCUUCGUUUCCUAUCUCCCGAGCUCCUGGGCGUCUCAGCGCAGCUCGAGCUCUUUUCCAUAUCCGUCCUGUACUUUUCGCGCGAGAGCCUGCGCGUCGCGCUGCAGCGCCAGGCCAAUGGCGUGCAGGCCGUGGUCAACAUGUCGUACAUAGCGAUCUACGCGGGCGCGGCACUGGCACACAUUCUGCCGUGGCUGUGGCUGCGCGCCGACGUCCCCGACGUGGCCUACUUCCGGCAGUCGCUGUGGAUGUACGCCUACGCGGCCAUCUUGGAGCUGGCCACCGAGCCGGCGUUCGUCGCGACGCAGCAGCUGAUGCUGUAUAAGAUCCGCGCGUCGGCCGAGUCGACGGCCACUGUCGUGCGCUGCUUCGCUACGUGUGGGUUCGCCAUCUUCGCUAGUAGGCUGGGCUUCGAUCCAGGAGCUUCACCGUUCGCUGUAGGACAGCUGGCGUACGCGGUGGUGCUGCUGGCGGUCUACUUAUGGAAGACGGUGCCGGUGACCAGAGAGCACAAGUUCAAGCUGUCGCUUGGGCCGAUACCGAACAGUAACUCCGCCGACUACUUCCUCAACACCUUCUCGCGCCCCCUCUCCAAACUAAGCCUCAGCCUCUUCCUCCAAUCCAGCAUCAAAUACGUCCUCACGCAAGGCGACGCCAUCCUCAUCACGUCGCUCGCCUCACUGCGCGACCAGGGUGCCUACGCCCUCGCAUCCAACUACGGCGGUCUCAUCGCGCGCAUGCUCUUCCAGCCCAUCGAAGAAAGCAGCCGCAACCUCUUCGCCAAGCUCUGCGCACCGGAGAAGCCCCCCUCCUCUUCCCCCGCAAAACCGUCUCUCCGCCAAGCCCGCACCAUCCUGACGCUCAUCCUGCGCCUGUACCAUCUCAUCUCGCUGGCAGCCUGCGCGGUCGGCCCCACCCUCGCGCCGCUGCUCCUGCGCCUUGUCGCGGGCGCCCGCUGGGCCGACACAGAGGCCGGCGAUACCCUCGCCACGUACUGCUUCUACGUGCCGCUUCUGGCGCUGAACGGCGUGACCGAGGCGUUUGUGGCAUCGGUGGCAGGAAACGCGGAGCUGGCGGCGCAGUCCGUGUACAUGGGCGGCUUCUUCGCGGGGUUCGCAGGCGCUGCGUGGCUGUUUCUGCAGGUACUGCAGCUGGGAGCGAGGGGGUUGGUGUUUGCGAACUGCGUUAAUAUGCUGAUGCGGAUUGUUUGGGGGUUGGGUUUUAUCAAGCGCUACUUUGCGCGCAAUGGUGAGCAUUUCGACUACCUCGCCACACUGCCCAAAGGCAUGAGCAUCGCUGCGGCAGUCACAGUGCCCGGCGUGUUGAAGCUAACAGAAGGCGCGCUGGCGCGGUACGGCCUCCUCGGGGAACUAGUCCGCGCGGGUGGUGUUGCCGCCGUCUUUGCCGUCGUGAUUCUUUUCCUCGAGCAGGAGUACUUGAAGCAGUGCUACCAGAUGCUGCGGCCGAAGAGGGAGGCGCCAGUGGAGAAAAAAGAGGACUGA